GGCCUCUCAGCGUGAGGGGGUUAUGGCGGCGGCGGUGGUGGCUGAGGCGAUGGCGGCGCCCUGGUGCCGCUGCCGCGGGCGCUGACAGGGCCGCACCGCCCCGCGGGCUCCGGGAAGAGCCGUCUUGUCCCACCGCGCCGGUCCGGCAUCCUGCAGAGGAGAUGCGGUAGCGUGGGGUGAAUCCAGCUGGCUGUCACGGCACGGAGGGAGGCGAUGGAGCCGCUCCCCGAGCUCUACUCCAUCUUCCAGGGCGAGGUUGCUGCAGUGACAGAUUAUGGGGCCUUUAUCAAAAUCCCAGGCUGCAGGAAACAAGGCCUGGUGCACAGGACUCACAUGUCCUCCUGCCCCGUGGACAAACCCGCAGAGAUGCUGGACGUGGGGGACAAGGUGUGGGUGAAGCUCAUUGGGAGAGAGAUGAAGGAGGACAAGCUGAAGCUCUCACUCUCCAUGAAGGUUGUGCACCAAGGCACGGGGAAGGACCUGGAUCCCAACAACGUUUCCCUUGACCAGGAUGAGAGGAAGAAACGCUCCUUCAGGGACUACACGAGCCAGAAGAUCACCCUGGAGGCCGUGCUGAACACGGUGUGCAAGAAGUGUGGCUGCAAAGGUCACUUUGCCAAGGAGUGUUUCAUGCAGCCUGGAGGAACCAAAUACAGCCUCAUUCCAGAGGAGGAGGAAGAGGAGGGGACAGCAGCAGGACGUGAAGGGGAUAAAAAGAUCAGCCAGGCUGAGGAGUCUUCAAAAAAGAGGAAAAAGGAGAAGAAGAAGAAGAAGAAGCACAAGGCCAGGCAGUCCUCGGAGUCGGGCUCGGACAGCUCGGCCUCGGACAGCGACGGAGCUCAGCCCUCCAGCAAGAGGCCCAGGCACUCCAGGAAACCCAGCAAGGCUCCCAAGAAGAAGAAGAAGAAGCACAAGAAGUAGCCCUGGGGUGAGCAGGGCAGGCUGGGCUGCUGCCACGGCCAUUCCCUGGGGCAGCCAGGAGGGACCAGCAGCUCCUGCUCCAGGGCCAAGGAGUUUAUUGCAAAGGAACAUGUGGUGUUACAGGUGUUGGCCUUGUGUGAGCUGUCCUCUGUCACCUUGGGCACAGGCUGCUGCCAGCAGCAGCCCUAUUUGUCCCACAGCUGCUGCCAGCACAGGCUCAUGACGCUCUGCAGGCCACCCCUGCUGUGCCACAGCCUGGUGUCCUGCUGGAGCUGCUGCCAGCUCCUGUGACAGCUGGGGGACAGCAGCCCUGCAGAGCUUGGGGUGGCACAGCCAGGCCCCCACCGUGCUGGGGACAGGGUUGGUGGGGCCACAGCCCCCUGGCACAGAGCUCUGGGCUGCAAACCUGCCCCGGCUCCCUCGGUCUCUCUGCAAACACGGGGAGUGGAGGAGCAAGGAGCAGAUGGGGGAGUGGAGAUACUGGGAGUAAACAUGGACUGUGGAGUGUUUGCUGCCUUGGAAAGGGAUGGAAAAUAAAUCUCGGCUCUCUCCA